GCCUCUCUGCUCCUAUGAUGCUGCUUGGCCUGCUGUGUUCAUCCAGCCCUGCACCUUGUUGUCUCGGAUUCUCCAGCAUCUGCAGUUCCUACUAUCUCCUAUUGAAUACCUACUUGUUUCCACUUUUAUACUCUGCUAGUGACUGAAUUUCCUCCUCUUUCACCAUAACCUAGUUCCCAGCAGACAAUUUGCUAUUAGAUUGCUAAUUAACUCUGCAUCAUUACACAAUAAUACGUCUCUACUCAAUGUCCCUUUCCUAUUUGUCAGCUGUAUGUCUCAAUGUUUCUCUGAUAUCCCUGUCUCAUUCUCCCUGAAAGUGAUGGAUGGAAGGAAGAUUUUGAAUUUAUCCAAACUCUUUUGUGACCUCAAGAGGCAACCAUUCAGUUCUGUAGAAGUGUCACUGGACGCAAAAUGUUAUCUCUGCCUUAUCUCCACAGAUGCUGCCAGCUCUGCUGAGUUUCUCCAGCAAUUUCUGCUUUUGUUUCCAGCAAUGAUUAAGGGACAAAAAUUGUCAGGGGAAAAUGCCCUCUUCAACAAAGUGCCACAGGUUCUUCCAGCAUUCCUUCAGAAUUGCACCAAUCUUUCAGCCUGGGCUUUGUGCUCAAAUCUCUGGAAGAGACUCUAACACAUGAGCUUCUGUCUCAAAAUGAGAUGCAAUUCACUGAGUCACAGCUGACAUCUUACACUUGUAGAUGAGUGUAAAAUCUGCUUAUGCUGUCAACACAGCCACACACAAUUUGUGAAACUUUGUAUUUUAGCAGUGCUAGUGAGUGAUUGUGUAUCAGUGUCUGAACCCGGAUGCUAAGUGAUUUCUCUAUACUGCUGGCUUUUCUGUGACCAGGUGAUGGGUUACAUGUACAGGAUUCCAGUGGAAAAGAGAAAAUCCGUGGACACUUCCAAAAUGGAAGAGGAACUUAAAGUUCAACUCAGCAAGUUCGACCAGAAAUUGGCUGAUUCGAAGACUCGUUUCUUUGGUGGUGACUCUGUGACAAUGAUUGACUACUGGAUUUGGCCCUGGUUUGAGCGCAUGGAAGCCCUUGAAUUCAACAAGCUCCUGGAACAGAUGCCAACACUCAAGCACUGGAUGCAACUCAUGCAGCAAGAUCCUGCAACCAAGGCCACUGGCUAUAGCACUGAUAUCUACAGAGAAUUCUACGAGCUGUACUUGCAGGGUAACCCUGAAGCCUGUGACUACCAUCUCUGAGAAGAAUCACCCCUAGUUAGACUCAGUAGAGCACAUAAGCAUCUGCUCCCUACUUUAGACAGCACACAGCAUGACAUCAACAGUUUGAUAUAAACUGAUUCAGGAGUCACACCAAAUGUUCUCCCAACUCCCGAUUCAAUCCAACUUUGCAUUACUCCUGGAGAUAGGGAAAAUUAAACUUGCAAAAGCUGGAAGCCAGAAAUAGGACUGAGAAUACAGGGCCAGCAGGAGUUAGAUGGGAAUUAAACACAGGGUGAAUGGUUGUCAUCCAUUCUCUGACCUUCGUUCCCAAUGUUGACAUACCUGCUCUCUCACAGACAGCGUGCACUGGCAUUAUUUUUAGAUUGUCCUCUAAUUGCCUCUGGGGAAAUGAGUCUACACAACCAAAACUGGCUGCUGAAUUCACAAACUCUGGUUUAUUUUGGCUGCCUGCCUUUUACUGAGCAGCAUCUGAUUGGAGAUAUUCAGUAAACUGACCUCUCCCCUUGGGAUAUUUUAAAAAGAAUACUUUCCUGUUUUUGUUUCAGUGUGACAAUAUUCUUCUGCCUGUUCCACUGCUCUGAGCAGUCUGGGUAGAAAUUUGUCUUUGUCACAUUUUUAUGGUCUUCCUAAAUGAUCAUGAAUCCCCAGGAACUUGUCCUGGUGUCAAGACACAAAUAUUCAGGGUUCCUUUUAUAUCCUAGAACCAUGCUCCUUUCUCCAAAACGCUCACAACUUUGCUAAACCGUGGAAAUCCCGUGCAGUGCUGGAUAUAUCAAUCUAGCCACACACAUUCUCGCUGAGAUGUUUCUGUUCCUAUUUUGGACUGUCCAACUUCCUGUUUCACCACCUUUUGAUUUCAACCCCACCAUCAUACCAUUGGCAUUGUCACCAUUCCCUAUCUGAAGGCAGAUUCCCGAUUACCCACUCCCCAUUCAUACUGCCCAGGCUGCAGAAGAGCACAGUGUGAUCCUGGUGAAGCUUUUAAUGCCCCAAUGUCCCUGCUGCCAAUGUCUUGAUGAAAAUUGUAGACAGAAUAAAAGAUGCCAUAAAGAGA